AUGCCUGAACUGCAAAGGACAUCACCGCACUUUGGCAGCACGAUGCCCAGGCAGUUAGGGGCUUCAGGGCGGUCAGGGGGCCUGAGGCAGUCAGGGCUUCCAGGGGCAGUCAGGGGGCUUCAGGGCGGUCAGGGGCUUCAGGGCAGUCAGGGCUUCAGGGCAGUCAGGGGCUUCAGGGCAGUCAGGGGGCUUCAGGCAGUCAGGGGGCUUCAGGGCGGUCAGGCCUGGGGCAGUCAGGGAGAGCCGUCAGGGGCUUCAGGGCAGUCAGGGCUUCGGGGCGGUCAGGAGGCAGUCAGGGGCUUCCAGGGCAGUCAGGGGGGCUUCAGGGCAGUCAGGGGAGCCAGGGCAGUCAGGGGGGCCAGGGCGGUCAGGGAGGCUCCAGGGCAGUCAGGAGCUUCAGAGGCAGUCAGGGGGCCCCAGGGCAGUCAGGGGCUUCAGGGCAGUCAGGGGGCUUCCAGGGCGGUCAGGGGGCUUCCAGGGCAGUCAGGGGGCUUCAGGGCAGUCAGAGGGCUUCAGGGCAGUCAGGGCUUCCAGGGCAGUCAGGGGCUUCAGGGCGGUCAGAGCUUCAGGAGGCAGUCAGGGGCCAGGCAGUCGAGGCUUCAGGGCAGUCAGGGAGCUUCAGGGGGUCAGGGGAGCUUCCAGGGCAGUCAGGAGCUUCAGGGCAGUCAGGGCUUCAGGGCAGUCAGGAGGCUUCAGGGCAGUCAGGGGCUUCAGGAGGCGGUCAGAGGCCAGGGCAGUCAGGCUUCAGGAGCAGUCAGGGCUUCAGAGGGCAGUCAGGGCUUCAGGGCGGUCAGGAGCUUCCAGGGCAGUCAGGGGGCUUCAGGGCAGUCAGGGGGGCUUCCAGGGCAGUCAGGGGGCUUCAGGGCAGUCGAGGCUUCAGGGCAGUCAGGAGGCUUCAGGGCAGUCAGGGGCUUCAGGGCAGUCAGGGCUUCAGGGCAGUCAGGGAGGCUUCCAGGCAGUCAGGGGGCUUCAGGGCAGUCAGGGGCUUCAGGGCAGUCAGGGGGCUUCAGGGCAGUCAGGGGGCUUCAGGGCAGUCAGGGGCUUCAGGGCAGUCAGAGACUCCAGAGAGGCAGUCAGAGGCUUCAGGGGCCGAGUCAGGGGGCUUCCAGGCAGUCAGGGCUUCAGGGCAGUCAGGGCUUCAGGGCAGUCAGGAGUUCAGGGCAGUCAGAGCUCAGGAGCGGUCAGGGGGCCCGCAGGGCAGUCAGGGGGCUGGGAGCAGUCGAGGCUUCAGGGCAGUCAGGGGCUGGGCAGUCAGGGGGCUUCGGGACGGUCAGGGGCUGA